GUGUUUUCAGACUAAAAUGGACUCGAUCCUGAAGGAUGAGAGAUUUGCUAAGAUUGCAACGGAUCGCAAGUUUCGGGGUGGAGGGAAGAAGCAGAAAAAAGUCCAGAUUGAUAAACGAUUCCAAAGUAUGUUUAACGAUGAACGAUUUGUCUCUAAAUGUACCGUGGAUAAGCGCGGAAGACCUCAGAAUUUUACAUCCAAAGAGAAUUACAGAAAAUAUUACGACCUCAAGGGUUCUGAUGAGUCUGAGAGUGAGGAUGACGACGAUGACGCCGAGGAGGAAGAGGAAUCUGAAGACGACUCCAGGAGCAGUGAAGAUGAAAAUGAUCCGGAUGAAACACAAGAAAAAUCAGAAUCAGAAUCUGAUGAAGCCGUUCAAGUAAAUCUAGAACCCACCGUCAAGGCUAAGUUACGAGAUGUAAAUGUCGACUACGCUAGAGGAGAAGGAACACUUUUCUCCGACUCCAGUUCAGACGAGUCCUCGGAGGAUGAGGAAGAGCUAGAGGACGCUUUUGAUAAAUGGGGAGAGCUUGACGCGGACGCUGAGAGGACGGAGGAGGCAACUAAGAGGCUGGCUGUCUGUAAUAUGGACUGGGAUAGGGUUGGAGCGGAAGAUAUAUUUUUGGCUCUGUCUUCUUUUUGUCCUCCUGGAGGUAGCUUGAAAAGGGUUCAAAUCUUCGUCUCUGAGUUCGGUAAAGAGAGGUUGAAGGAAGAGGAUUCUCUAGGUCCCCAAGAACUCAGGAGAAGACAGGAGGAACUAGAGAAGGAGGAAGAGGAUUAUUUAGACCUGAUAAAAUCCGGAAAAAAGGCUGCGAAGGCUGAGAAAGAGGCUAUGGAGCGAGUAAGACAGUAUCAGAUCAAUCGUUUGAAGUAUUACUACGCUUUAGCUGAGUUUGAUUCAGUUGAAACCUCUAACAGUGUGUACGAGGAGUGUGAUGGAAUGGAGUACGAACUCUCAGCCACGAGGUUCGAUCUAAGAUUCGUCCCGGAUGAUAUGGAGUUCGACACUCCUUCGUCAUCCUGUCUCUCCUUGCCGGACCCGGAGAAAUAUAAACCCAAGACCUUUUUUACCACAGCUCUACAGCAAGGGAAGGUAGAGCUUACUUGGGAUGAACAAGAUGCAAGCCGUCAAGAAAAUAUCAAGAAAGCGUACGAUAUGAUGGACAAGGAUGAGGACGAUUACUCUUUUGCGAAACACUUGAUUGCGUCAUCCUCAGAUGAGGAGGAUGAAAAGGAAGAGGAAGAAGGAAACCAGGUUAAGAAUAGUGAUGAUGAUGAUGAGAAGGAGGAGGAUAGUAUUGCCAAGUAUAGGUCCUUGUUACUUGGUAUCAAUAAGGCGGAGGAGAGUAAGAACGACAAGGAUCUAGAGGUGAGUUGGAUCCCGCAGGAGGAGGAGGAGAAGGAGCAGGAGAACACCGAAGAAUUGACACCUUGGGAAAAGUAUCUUAAAAAGAAGAAAGACAAAAGGAAGAUGAAGAAACAGAAGAAUACUGAAGAGAACGAAGAAGAUAUACCAGAUGAUGUUGAUAUGAAUGAUCCAUUCUUUGCGGAAGAAUUUUCUAAUGAUCCAGUCUCUAAAAAGAAGGAUAAGAAGAAAAAGAAAAAACCUAGAACGAAUGAAGACGAACCUGAAGACAAAAUCACCGAUCUUGAACUCUUGGUUAUGGAUUCCGACGAUGACUCAAAGCAUUUCAAUUUCAAAACUAUUGUUGAGGAAGAAACCAAGAGUAAAUCAAAGAAGAAGAAAUGGAAAAACAAGAAGAAGGAGAAAAAGGAAAUUGCACCCAGAGAAGAUACUUUCGAUGUAGACGUGAACGAUGACCGGUUUUCAGCAAUAUUCUCUAGAGCAGAGUUUAAUAUUGAUCCAAGUGAGCAGAACUUCAAGAAGACCAAAGGAAUGGAGAAACUGAUUGGAGAGAAGCAGAAAAGAAUUCAAACCGGAAAUAUCCCGGAAGCCCCUGCCACCAAGAAAUCGAAACUAGAUCCGGAAAUUUCGGCAUCCUUAAAAUCCGUUAAAAACAAAUGGGAGAAAAACGCGAGAAAAAAGAAAUCUUUGAGUUAAAUUGGUUCGUUUUUUUCGAAAUAAAUUUAUAUUUCUUUA